AUGCACUCACCGAGCCACCAUGGUCACCAGAGAGUAUCCCGGACGAGGGUGCUCCUUCGGAUUCGGAUCUCACUUUCCGCUGCCGCUGUUGUGUUGGGAGUGGCGGCUGGCCUGAAUCUGCAAGAUGCCGCCCCGAACUUGGCCCUGCUGCAGACUCUGGGUUCUGUAUUUGCGCUUCUGGCCUUGCUGGCCACAUUCCCCUUCUCUAGAAGAGAGUUCAAGCGGUGCUGCGUGAGCGUUGGGAUCCUCGCCAAUGCCGGGGCCAUCUUGUCUCUUCUCGACGGGCAUGUGUUGAUCUCCUUGCUGUAUUUCGUUGGCCUCAGCAAUGGCAUCGUUGCACUGGCCGUCGGCCUUCCCGUGUUCAUUGCCUUGGUGGCAGUACUCAUCGAUGGCCUUGUACAUCUUCCUGCCCACGUCUGUUCCUUCCGUUCUGGCUGGGAGGUUGGAGCAGCUGCCUGGUUGGACCUUGAUGCGAAGUCUCCCGCACCAGUUUGUUGCAUCUCGCUGUCCAUCCGCGCCUGCAUCAAGGUGACCUUGCUGGCAGCGCUUGGCGGCUCCCUCGUCGCUGGGCUGUAUGCUGCGCUCCACCCGAAGCUGGCCAGAGCGCUUUCGCCUACGCUGGGACCCUUCCUGGCCUUCGCUCCGAGUCCGCCUCUGGCACUUUGCACGCUCCUGGCCUGGCCGCGCGGUCCCGCAGAGCUGAUGAACCUGUCCGCCCGCGCCCGCCUGGCCCGGUGGAACCUUGCAGUGGCCGCGUGUGGAUCCCUCUUCAUCUUUGCUGCUUGGUCCGGCAGACUGUUGGAGGUGCAUGGGACCUGGACAAGCUGCAAGAAUACGGUUGAUGAGUGCGCCGCCCUGGCUGCGCGGGGCGACUGCCAGACCGAGAGCAAGUACUUCGACUACAUGAUGGCCAAGUGCCGCAAGGCCUGCCGAGCCUGCACCGAUGUGAACUGGGGCCUGGCGGGUGAUCUCUCCAUGGCACUGCUCACGGUGCUGGUGCUGCAGACCCUGCGCUUCGCCUACUGCUUCUACGAGUCGACGCGGCAGCUGCUCCUGGCAGACAGCGGGUUGACCUCAGAUCCGCCUGAGUCACCCUUCCACGAGCUCGCUGAAGGACCAGGGCAGCGCUCGGUGCAGUAUGCAAUCGACAGUCAGCUUGAGCUUGCAGAGCCCUUAUCUGGAGCGAGCCACACAAGAUCUGACCUCAACCAGGCAGAUGCCAUGCCCGUGCGCGACACUGCGGAGCCGAGCGGCAAAAGCAAAAGCCUGGGUGGGCUAUUUGCAGCCCCCGUGGCUGCUAAGGCACCCAUCGAGGAGGAAAGUGAACGAGAGCCACUACAAGCUGUGAAUGGACAUGGCUCUCACAACACCUCGUCGCCGCAGCCCUCGUCAGGGCCACUGCCGACACUGUCGGCCGUUCGCCUGUUGGAGAUUCCGGUGGAGUCGUCUUCUGUCAGGGAAGAUGAUGGAGAGGCGAGCUUUUACGACUGCGAGUCUGUUGCUGGAGAGGACUGA